ACCCUGAAGAAGGCAGGAUGUCCCUGGGUGAGGAGCAGCUUGUGCCAGGAAGGGGUCACAGCAGCUGACCAGUGAGACAUGGCCUGGUAUAAUGAGCCAAGCCCUUAUACUGUGGAAUCUGUCAUUCUCACCCCAGCACAUCCAGGGCCCAGAGCACAAGAGCUGAGGGAGAACUCAGCUGGCUAUAGGUACCCACCAUGGAGACGUUGAGGGGGCCACAUCCUACAUCCUUUGGAUUAUGGCUUGGACAGAAUGGUCCCUUUUCCCCCUAGGAACUCCUUAGGGCCUCUGCUGCUACUUACCCUGGGCUCCAAAAGUACAAGAGACACAUGAUCUCGCCUGGAGUCUUCUCAGCUUUCAUCCUUCCUCAGACACGGACAUGACCCCCUUCCCACCACUGCACUGUCCUCUUCAGCAGACCCCCUUCUUCCAUCUCCUGCCCUUGGACCUGCCUGAGCCCUGACCACCAGCCCUUGCAGCCUGAACCCAGGGGCUGCUUCUCCCCUAAUAUCCCAAGCACCUCCUGGCUGGGACAAGAGUGCUCCCCACUGUAUACUCCACACACCUCAGCUCCUCUGAAACCCCUUUUGGCCGGUAGUAUCAUAUACACCUUCCUCCCUGUGGUCAUUUGACCCCAAUGACCUCGGUUCUGGGGACAUGCUGUUAUUUCCACUCAGGCACCCACUGCUGUUUUUGGUGACCGACAUCCACAGAAAUGGGGCAGCCAACGCCUUGGCCUGUCGGUCCACGGAAGCGCCGCUCUGCGUGCUGAGCUACCUGGCCGGCAUCGCCUGGUUCCUGGCGCUGGCUUUCCCGCCGCUGACCCAGCGCACUUACAUGUCGGAGAAUGCUAUGGGCUCCACCAUGGUGGAGGAGCAGUUUGCGGGCGGAGACCGUGCCCGGGUCUUUGCCCGGGACUUCGCUGCCCACCGCAGGAAGUCGGGGGCUCUGCCAGUGGCCUGGCUGGAGCGGACAAUGCAGUCAGUGGGACUGGAGGUCUACACGCAGAGUUUCUCCCGGAAACUGCCUUUUCCAGAUGAGACCCACGAGCGCUAUAUGGUAUCAGGCAUCAACGUGUAUGGCAUCCUGCGGGCACCGCGUGCUGCCAGCACUGAGUCCCUGGUGCUCACUGUACCCUGUGGCUCUGACUCUACCAACAGCCAGGCUGUGGGACUGCUGCUGGCACUUGCUGCCCACUUCCGGGGGCAGAUCUACUGGGCCAAAGACAUCAUCUUCCUGGUGACAGAACACGACCUUCUGGGCACUGAGGCUUGGCUUGAAGCCUACCACGAUGUCAAUGUCACCGCUCAUUCACCUGCUUCUACAGGUAUGCAGUCAUCCCCUCUGCAGGGCCGAGCUGGGGCCAUUCAGGCAGCUGUGGCCCUGGAGCUGAACAGUGAUGUGGUCACUAGCCUUGAUGUGGCCGUGGAGGGGCUCAACGGACAGCUGCCCAACCUGGACCUGCUUAACCUCUUCCAGACCUUCUGCCAGAAAGGAGGGCUGCUGUGUACACUGCAAGGCAAGCUGCAGCCCCAGGACUGGGCGUCAAUAGACGGCCCAUUGCAGAGUGUGCAGACAUUGCUGCUCAUGGUUCUGCAGCAGGCCUCCGGCCGCCCCCAUGGCCCCCACGGCCUCUUCCUGCGCUACCGCGUGGAGGCUCUAACCCUCCGUGGUAUCAACAGCUUCCGCCAGUAUAAGUAUGACCUGGUGGCAGUGGGCAACCGUGACUGCCCCACACCCGGCAGGGCUCUGGAGGGCAUGUUCCGCAAGCUCAACCACCUCCUGGAGCGCCUGCACCAGUCCUUCUUCUUCUACCUGCUCCCCGCGCUCUCUCGCUUCGUCUCCAUCGGCCUCUACAUGCCGGCUGCCGGCUUUUUGCUCCUGGUCCUUGGUCUCAAGGCUCUGGAACUGUGGAUGCAGCUGCAUGAGGCUGGAGUGAGUCCUGAGGAGGCUGGGGGGAUCUCUGGAUCCAGUCCUCCCCUCCCCCUAACACAGGGUGUGGGGCUGGCCUCCCUUGUGGCGCCCUUGCUGAUCUCCCAGGCCGUGGGCCUGGCCCUCUAUGUCCUGCCAGUGCUGGGUCAACAUGUGGCCACCCAACACUUCCCUGUGACUGAGGCUGAGGCCGUGGUGCUGACACUGCUGGCCAUCUGUGCAGCAGGCCUGGCCCUUCCACACAACACCCACCGGGUGGCGAACCCACAGGCCCCAGACAGGGGCUGGAUGGCUCUGAAGCUGGUGGCCCUGAUCUACCUGGCACUACAACUGGCCUGUACCACCCUCACCAACUUCUCUCUGGGCUUUCUGCUGGCUGCCACCAUGGUACCCACCGCUGCACUCAUCAAGCCCUCUGGGCCCCGCUGCACUUUGGGCUCCUGGCCUGCUGUCUGCUGUUCACGUGGGGCCCCAGGAAGCUCUGCCUGCAGCGCUUGGCACCUGCUCACCUUCCUGGUCCGCUUACUGGGCAGCAGGAGUGAGGCCCCAGCUGCAUCUGCCUUGGGUGGAGAGCCUUGGAUGGACACUUGGGAUAUGGAAUUGGCACACGCAGACCUGGCCCAGCCCCAAGUGCACACUCCAACCUUGGCGAUCUCUGCACACCGUGGUCCAGUGCUGUGCCUGAGGAGAUAGAUCAGGCGGGGCUCGGGGGGCCUGACGGGAGCUGAGGCGUCUGGAGAUAGCAAAGCACCGUCCAGCGCUGGAGCUAACAGGGAAAAGGGUCCGGAGCUAGGUCCCUGCAGAAGAGGCCCUGGGUAUGGAGAGUGGUGGCCCAGCGAUGGCCAGAACCUCGAUGGGGGCUUGGGAUGGAGCCGGGAGGAACACCAGCCCAGCUUCCAGCCCAGGUCAGGUGCCCAAGAGAGGUGGAGCAGCAGAAUCCAUCCAGCACCACCCAGAGCAAACAGGCCCCAGGACAGGGACCACUCAAGCCCCCACUGGGAGGGCACUGACAGGCUGGUACAUGGAGAAGCCACUGAUUGUACCAAAACCUCUGAAGGGAACUGGGGUGUCCAGCAUCCAUUCUGGAGGGAAGACAAGCAAAGUGCAGCCUUUUGGUGAUGGUAGGGCCGUAUCAGGCCAAGAGGCCUCUGCUCACGAGAGGACCAAGGUGUCCCCCAGGGCAGCGAGAGCAGAGGCCUCAGUGUGAGAGGGAGGCACAGAGGCACUGCCUAGAGCAUAAGCUCAGGACCAGUACCCCUUUAGGACCAUGUCUUGGAAGAGGGGAAGAGGGUGGCCUGGGAAGGCCCCAGAAGGAAACUUCAGUCCCUAGACCCCUGCCCAGGCCUGCAUCUGUAGAGAGGUUCAUCUUCUGUGUGCUCCCUGGCCACACACAGCGGGGAGGGCCAGCACCUGGGCAGGUUUCCUCUGGGGCCUCAGAGAAGUCACUGCUGGCCUCUGUUGAAGGGGCAUGUGCACUGUGUCCAGCACUGCCGGGGAGGGGGUGGAGCAGGAGACCCCGCUGUGACCAGCAGCCUGUCUGACCUGCUGUCCUCAAGGUCUGGUGGAACCUAUAGUCACUUCCUCUGUUGAACAAACUUUCCAGCUCCUGAGGCUGGGGAAAGACUUGCAGCCCCCACCCCGAGCACCUCCAGAAGCUCCUCCCUGGCUGACUUCUCUCUGGAUUCUCCCCUGAUACUUCAGGCACCACCCCGCUGUGGGCUCCUGUCUUCCAAGACACGUAGAGACCUCUGCUCUGCUGGGGUCUCCUGUUGUCUCUUUGUGGACUGGUGUUUGAUACAAAAUCCCCUCCAGGCAUUUGAGCCAGGCUUCGGCCUCAAUCAGCCAUUUUUAACUGAACCUAGUCAGUCACUUAAAACAAACCACAAAGACAGAUGCUGUCAUGAAACAUACAAGAGGGGACAAAAGCUACAGAAUCAUCAGUUGUCCUGUACUCGCCUGCGUAGAAUUCUGUCUCUACAGCAGACGGGAAGGGGAGCUCUGGGAGUUCUGAAACUGCUUUGUCCGGGAAGCAGGAUUUCUGCUCAGAUUUUCAUUGAUGUCACUUGUGCAACACAUUUAAAAGGAGGAAAGGGCCAGGCUGGGAAGAUGUAGAUCAGAUGUACAAGGAACAAGUAUAAGGUCCUAAGGCUUUACCCUGGGGGUGUCUGCUUCUGGCCCCCAUGUCCCUUCUUAGUCAAAGAACCCUGAUUUUUUUUCUUUUUUCUAUUUUUUUGAUGGAGGUACUGGGGAUUGAACCCAGGACUUCAUGCAUACUAAGCACAUGCUCUACUACUGAGCUAUACUUUCCCCUUCUUUUUUUAUCCUUUUCUUUCCCAGACCCCUAUUUUGACAUGAGCACAGGUUACCCCAAAUAAAGACGCUCCCAGAUUCCUUGCAGCUAGGUGUGGUCGUGUGGCUGUGGCAGAAGCUUCUGCGGUGAAUUCUGUGUAGGGACUUCGGACAGAGAAUGACCCUCCGAGCCCCCUUCUCUCUCCUGCCCAUGGGAAUGUGAAGCAUGAAGUGCGUCUGAGCUACGGUCCAUGUUAAGGGUGGAGGGA